AUGGCUGCAACAUAUGCGGCUUUAGUUUCUCUCACUCAUACUAUUGACCGCAUCCUCAAUCCACCUCCUCAUCAUCACUUCAAUUUUGAUCGUGAUCAGAUUAAUUGUCUACGACAAAAAGUCGAUUUCUUGAUAGAUUUUCUCGAAAAAAAUCAAUCAAGUACUGGAGGAGAUCACAAAGAGAUCGAAGAUUUGGAGACGAGAAUCAGGGUUGUAGCUGAAGGAGCAGAGUAUAUCAUCGAAGACAAUGUGAUGAACCACAUUCUUGCUGGAUCUGAAGUCGACAGAUCAGUAGAAACCUCAACCUUAUCUGAAGGUGUACAAACAUCAAUACAAGAGUUUGAUUCCAUCGAGGAAGAGUUGGUGAGAAUCGAGAAAGAUCAUGUGCAGCAUAAAAACUCCAUAACAACGGAAGCUAGUUCAUCAUCAUCGUCAUCGAGGCCUCUUCUUCCGAUUGGCGAAAACAUCAUGGUGGGAUUCGACGGCCACGUGAACGAAAUUAUGGGUGCUCUCUCCACCGAUGAAUCUAAUCGUCAAAUUAUCCCUAUUGUUGGAAUGGGAGGCAUAGGUAAGACUACUCUUGCCACUCAUGUCUAUAACAAACCUUUUAUCGUGCAACACUUUCAUGUUCGUGCUUGGUUUACGGUUUCCCAAGAAUAUACCGAAAAGGAGAUUCUUCUAGGCCUUUUGCAUCAGAUUGAUAAUACUAAUCAAAAUGAUGCCCAUGAGAUGAAUGCUGGUAAACUAGGAGAUAAACUGUACAAAACUCUAUUUGGGAGGAAGUAUUUAAUAGUAAUGGAUGACAUGUGGGAUAUCAAGGCCUGGGAUAUGUUAAAAAUGUUCCUUCCAGAUAACAAUAAUGGAAGUCGAAUCUUGGUAACUACUAGGCUAUUGAGAUUGGCUAUGGAUAUUGGGUCUUGUAGCCCUUAUCAACUGAAUUUGCUAGAUGAAGAACAAAGUUGGGAUCUACUCUCCCAAAAGAUAUAUGCAGAAAAAUGUUGCCCCGUUGAACUCGAGGUAAUUGGAAGAAGUAUUGCAAAAAAUUGCAGAGGUCUUCCUUUGUCAUUGGCGGGGUUCUUGCAAAGUCGAAAACAGAAAAUUGGAAGAUUCAUAAGGCAAUGUGGGCAUAAAAGCUUAGAAGAAAAUGGAAAUGAGCAUUUGGAAGAUCUUAUAGAUAGGAAUCUCGUUUUGGUUGAUUGGAGAUCAAUUAGUAGAGAAGUGAGUUACCUAAAGAUCACACAACGCCUCAAUAUUAAUGGUGGUAAAUGGAAAGGGAUGAAACUUACGCCCGAUACAUCACCAGUACCUAUACGGUCUUUGUUAAGCUUCUCUCCUGAGGAUUCAAAUGAUUACACUGCUCAUCAGUUUGGGUUACUACGGGUAUUGGAUGGGGUUGAUAGAUAUCCUAAACAUAAAAUUCUACAGCUAAUUAACUUAAGAUAUGUUUCUUGCAUGGGUCCGAUGACGGCGAUGUCGUCUUCUAUAUCCCGACUUUGGAGUCUACAAACUUUAAUUGUUGACGGAGAGUUGAAUUUACCAAGUGAGAUAUGGCAGAUGCCCCAACUUCGACAUGUUGAGGCCACACGAAUACAUCUGGCUGAUCCUCCUCCAGAUGAUGUCAAGAACAUCAUACUUCUUCAAAAUCUACAAACACUUUCAACAGUCAUAGAUUUGAAAUGCACUGAAGCGGUAAUUAAAAGAAUCCUAAAUAUCAAGAAGUUUGGAAUUAUUUGUCCGACAUUUGGAUCUAUUUUUUUAAGAAAUCUUGGCCAUCUCCAUAAACUUGAAGAACUUUAUUUGCAAUGUACUCCUUGUGGUGGAGAUGUUGUCUUCCCAAAUUCACUUAAACGGUUGAUCUUACGUGGAUGCAAGAUUCCUUGGGAAGAUAUGUCUGUUGUUGGUUCACUACCCAACCUUGAAGCUCUCACGUUGUGGACAAAUGCUGUUGUAGGCCAAAAGUGGAUUUCAAAAGAAGGGGAAUUCACUCGACUCAAGUUCUUGUACAUUUAUGAGUGUGAAUUGGAGAUAUGGGAAGCAGACAAUACACAUUUCCCAUGUCUUGAAAUUCUAAGUCUUGGGUACUUGAACCUCAAGAAGAUCCCGACUGCAUUUGCCGAAAUAUUGCCACUUCAAGCGAUUAACUUUGAUUGCAAUAGCAACAAUGACCUUUUGCUAUCAGCAAAUGGAAUAUCAGAGCAACGAGAGAACCUAGGAUACAAUGCUCUUCAUGUUCAAAAUUUCACAUGUGGAGUGCUCAGAAUUUGGGUGAAGAGAGGUAUUAAUCUUGUUGUUGGUAAUGACGGCCACAUCGGAGAUCCUUAUGUUGUUAUCACGAGUUCCAAACAGAGUGUGAAGACUCGUGUUGUGACGAAAGAUAUUAAUCCGGAAUGGGACGAGAAACUCGGAAUUCGUGUUGCAAAUCAUAGUCAUUCAAUUUCUCUGACAGUGCAUGACCGCACCAAGUUCAAAUUUGAUGACAAGUUGGGAGAAGCGAAUUUGGAUAUUAGACCGUUUGUAGAAGCCGUGAAAUUGAAUCCAAAUGGCCUUCCAAAUGGUUCAAUAAGCGCACGAGUAUUGCCUUCGAUCUCCAAUUGCCUUAACGAAGAGAGUUCCGUUUUCUGGGAAAAUGGGACGGUAAAACAGGACAUGUGCCAGAGAUUGAAAAAUGUUGAAUCCGGAGAAAUCGAACUUCAACUCGAGUGGAUUAAUAAAUUUAAACCACGGCGGGCUCGAAAUACAACUCAGGCGGUGGAUUGA